GAAGAGCCGCGGCAGGAGACGCUCCGCCCCUGGUGUUGCCCCGCCCUUUCGAUGAGCCAGGUCCUCCUGCGGACGGGAGGAGACAGCCCCGGAGCCCGCCGGACUAGUGUGUGUGGAGAGAAAAAGUGCGAGAAAAGAAAGUCGCGUCCUGCCGCCCGUCCACUAGCACCGCCGCGAGCCUCGCUCUGCAGCUGCCGAGGCGGGCUGGGAGGCACCCACCGCCACAACCUCACCUGGGCGCCGUCGCGCGGCGCUUGCCCCCGUCCUAGCCCGGCAAGCCUUUUUCCCGCCAAGCCCCCUCCCACCGGGACAUGGCCCCGCUAGGAAGACCAGGGCACGGGGGUCACUCGAACAGAGCCUCCUGCCUCCAACUUCUGAUCAGUCUCCUGGUACUAAGUUUAUUUUGUGAAGCUUGCAGGAAAGUGACCUUUAAUCUGCCUUCCAAACUAGAAGCAAGGACAUUGAUUGGCAAAGUAAAUCUGAAACAGUGUCUCACGACUUCAGACCUGAUCAGUUCAAGUGACCCUGACUUCAUAGUUCGAGAUGAUGGUUCUUUGUUUUCAGCAAAUGCCCUUUCAUUAUCUACUGACAGAAAUUUUACCAUAUUGCUUAAGGACACACAAAAACAUGUGCAAAAGAAAUUGCUUGUCAUUUUGCAAUCUGUUCAGAAAAAGGUCCCUGAAAAAGGAGAGACUGUUCGUAGAAGAAGUAAACGAAGAUGGGCUCCUGUUCCAACUACUAUAAUGGAAAACUCUCUGGGACCUUUUCCAAUGCAAAUUCAGCAGCUGUCUUCUGAUACAGCCCAAAUGUACAAUAUCACCUAUUCUAUAAGUGGUCCUGGUGUUGACCAACCACCACGGAAUUAUUUUUACAUUGAGAAAGAAACAGGAAAUCUCUUUGUUACAUGCCCAAUAGAUCGGGAAGAGUAUGCAGAAUUUAAGAUAAUUUGCUAUGCAAGGACAUCCAAUGGCUAUACCCCAGAGAUGCCACUUGUACAUACAAUACGAGUAGAGGAUGACAAUGACUGUCCCCCAGUUUUUAACCCAGAUGUCUGUACUUUUUCUGUUCCUGAAAACAGCAGAUCUGGUACCUUGAUUGGAGAAAUGACUGCAACAGAUGGAGAUGAGAUUGGUACACUACACACUAAACUGAAAUACAGAAUUGUGAACCAGAAUCCAAUGUCUGCUCAGUAUUCCAAAAUGUUUGCUAUAGAUGGAGAUACAGGUGUUAUUACUUUGGCAUCCCCAGGCCUGGAUAGAGAGGCUGUAAAUGAAUAUGUAUUACUAAUAGAAGCAAGAGAUAUGGGAGGCCAGCCCUUUGGUUUGUGCACUACUGGGACAGCUGUGAUUCAACUUCAAGACAGAAAUGACCAUGCGCCUGUUUGUGAAAAGGGUUUGUAUGAAGUGCAUGUGUAUGAAAACACAGUUGGUGGAAAAGUAAUAGAGAUUGGUGCCAUAGACAGAGAUAUGCCGAACACACCAGCCUGGCAUGCUACCUUCAAGAUUAUAAAGGGAAAUGAAGAUGGUGCAUUCAGAAUUGAGACAAAUCCAGAUUCAAAUAUUGGGACUUUAUGUAUUGAUAAGGGUCUAGACUAUGAAAAAACAAAGGAGAGAAGAUUGGAAAUCAUUGUAAAUAAUGAAGAACCUUAUGUACUACCACCAAAUUCAAGAGCUGUUUCUCAAGGUUCUUGUGUUGUUGUUGUCAAAGUACAGGAUGUAGAUGAAGGACCAGUAUUUGACCCCAGUGUGUAUAUUUUAAAUAUUAAGGAAUGUUUGCCUGGUGGAACUGUGGUUGGCCAUUACCCAGCAAGGGACCCAGAGACCGGAAAUAGUGAAGACAUUAGGUAUGGAAUAGUACAAGACCCAUGUGGUUGGAUCACCAUGGACGAAAGAGGUGAAAUCAUAACCACUAGACUCUUAGACAGAGAUGCACCAAAUAUGCAAAAUUACCAAUGUAAUGUAACAGUUUUUGCUACAGAUCGAAGUGGCAAAACAGGCACUGGAACAGUGGUGAUUAAUCUAGAAGAUGAAAAUGAUAAUUACCCAGUGAUUGUUGAACCAGAAAAAAUAAUGUGCAGAGACAGAAAACCGAUUUGUCUCACUGCUGUGGAUGCUGAUCUACCUCCUAAUACUGUUCCCUUCACUUUUGAAAUGCGUGAUAGAAACUUGGGAUGGAGACUGGUAGAAAAUGAUGAUAGAUCUGUGUACCUGGUACCAGAUGACAAUAUGCCCUAUGGGGAUUACAGUAUUCCUGUUGUGGUCACUGACAGUGGUGGAAGAAGUGGUAUUACUAAUGUAAGAGUUCGAGUGUGUGACUGUACGACCCCAAGUGAUUGUACUGGCGCCGUCCCACCUCGAUACAACGAACCUGACUAUCAGCUAACACCUAAUGUUAGCCUUGGACUUUGGGCCAUACUCGCAAUGAUUUUGGGAUCAUUAUUGCUGCUAUUGAUUCUGAUAACACUUUGCGGCUGCUGGGGUGCUGCGCCUGUGAGCAAACAUGUAUGUGAUGACUUAGCUAAUCAGAACUUGAUCAUAUCAAACACUGAAGCUCCUGGAGAAGAAGUAAUGGAUCCAAACAUACUUCCUGUGAAAACAGGAAAUGUGGUUACUAGUGAUCAAGGGGCUGGCCUUGGAGUAAAAACUGGAGGACAGGAGUGCUUUGAAAUGGUCAAGGGAGGAGGACAUCAGACCAUGGAAUCACUUGGAGGAGGAAUUCAUACCUUACAGUCAGUCAAAGGACAUCAUACACUGGAAUCUGGAAGGGGAUACGGACAUCCCAUGAUGGAUACCUAUAGACACUCUUAUUCAGAAUGGCAGAAUUUCACACAUCCUCACUUAACCGAGAAAGUGUAUUUGUGUGGACAGGAUGAAGAGCAUAAGCAUUCCGAAGACUAUGUCCUUUCAUAUAACUAUGAAGGAAGAGGAUCACCAGCUGGUUCUGUAGGCUGCUGCACUGAUCAGCAAGAAGAAGAGGCACUGGACUUUUUAGAUCAGCUGGAACCCAAGUUUAGGACAUUAGCAGAAACCUGUGCAAAGAGAUGAGUUUGGUGAUGACAGUGCAGAAAAUCAUCGCCUUUUCCGUAGGGGUGGCUGUUGUAAAAUUUCAGUGGAUUUUUCUAUUUCCCCCCCCCUUUCCUGUGGGAGUGGUUAAUCAAAAAAUACACUUUAACAGUAUGUUUAUCAGUAUCAUUGUUUCUGUACCUAAACUUCAGGAUGCUAUAUAAUUUCAUCUACAUGCAGCACUAUCUCAGACUUGAUUUACCUUUCAGCAUUGAAUUAGUUUUUAGCGUCUUUAAACAAAGUCAAUAUUAUAAGCAAACGGCUUUGUAAACAACAAUGUAUUUUCUGUUUUUUCUGCAGAUAUUUGGGGCUGGGUGUUAGAAAGUUUUUGUUUGAGUCAUCUGAUGCUUUCCUUUAGUUUUAUCGAAAUAAAUGCUAAAAUGCUAUUUGCUAUAUGUUAAAAUAGUAAUUUCUUACAUUCAUGAUACGAAAAUGAAAACUUUUGAAUUUUAAAAUUGUGAAAUUAAAAUUAAGUAAAAUGUGAUCGAUUAUUUGGGCAAAGGUUCCUAAAUUAGUAGAUUGACUUGUGCGGGAGAGAGGAAAAAGCCUUAAUGUAUAGUUGUAGGAUGCCUAAUUUUUUUAAAAAAACAUUGAAUUUACAUUUAACACAUUUGCCAGUACAAGGAGUGCAUGUACAGCCAUUCCAGCAAGAAGCACUGAAUGAAAAUGUGACAUUCCUAUGGUAUUGUCAACAAUUUUAAAAAAAAUCAGUAUUACAUCCCAUAAUUACAUUACAUUACAUCAGCUAAAACUCUGUUUUUUGUAAAAUUGGUCAUGAAAUGAAGAAGUUUGGCAAACAUAGUGUAUGUUCCCAAAUUAUAUUAAUUAUGUAGUAAUUGCAAAUAUGAGUUGAGCACCACCACUUACUAUUGCAUCUUCCAUCUCAGGUAAAGUGGGAGACAAUCUUAGAAAAGAGGAUCUGGAGUGGCUGAUGCUUUGUAAUUUGCCCUGAGGGUUCUGUUAUACAGCAGUGAGUGUGGACGGUCUGUACUCCCAUCAGUAUAUUUUCCUAAUUUGUUAGGUAAUGUAAGAAAAGGAUAAAGGUGUGUGAUGAUGGAAAGUUAGAAAAAUGAAAAAGGGCAAGAAGCACACAGCCUUUAGCUUCUUGAUAUCCCUUAUUACACAGCCGUGGGAUUGUGUAAUAGGACACACCUAAGCAGGCCUUUUCAGAAAUAAGUCACACCUCCAUGGAAUACCAGGGCUGGGAGGCAGAGGCAGGUUAUCAAGACACUUCUCUGAACAUCCGC